AUGGCAAGCGAAGAACCAGUCACGUGGCAUGACCCCUCGAAGGCCUUUGACGAUAUUUGGUUACAACUGCACACAAUACUCCCACGCCGAAACCUCGAUGGCGUGGUUGCGCCCGGGGAGUUGGCCCGACUGGCCUUUGCCCCUGCUUCUGUUCUGAUUCUGACCCAGCUUGUGAUGUUUGUAUCUGGAGAAACCACCAAUGAUUCGCCCAAACUCUGUUCGAACUCUGAUACCAACGAUGGCUGUGUUACACUUCAUGGUGUUGUUGGCCCUGAAUCGACGUCCAACACCGACGCCGUUAUUUCCAAUGAUGAAUCUCUUCAGCUCGACGAUCAGGCCACCCCCAAGGAUGUGCGUUCAAGGCACGAUGCUCACGUGCACACUCUCCAAGAGCGCCAGGCCACGACUAUCAAGAUUUACAUUUCGACCACUGCUUCAGAUGUCCCUGCAGCCGAGCCCACUGUUCAGCCCGGGUCUGUUGUACCUGAUGGAUCCAGCCCCGAGCCCAAUAAUUCAGGCUCUCCGGCGGUCACAGAUGUCUCAACUAGUUCUGAAGAUGCCCUCAAUCACAAUGAGGGCACGACCAUCAGGUUCUCCUUGAGCAGUAUCCCCACAAUCAAUACUGUCGAGAACACUGGGGUUCCUACAACCCAGAAGACUUCCAAAUCUCUCAUCUUUGUCACUGGUGGCCGACCUGCACCAAAGGAUUCGAACGGUGAAGUCUUUCGCACUCGAAGCUCGGACACCUUGCCUCACGCCACGAGCAAUGGCGACUCUGCUCGAUCCACCCACGAUGGACCUUCUACCGCUGAGAAUCCUGUCAGCACUGCCAGUGUGAAUGGUCAGGACAUCUCCAGCACUGUUUUGUCUGGUCAGAGUGUCCGUGACAGUGGCACAGUAUCUCCCCCUGCCACUCAUAUCGUAACAACAUUGAGCGACACUGCAUCGCUCGGCCAAGCGUCUCCCGUUGUUGUCGACGCGCCUCCAACAGCCCCAAGCAUGGGUAAUGUCAUGCCCAUCCCGAAUGUUCCUUCCGUCAGCACGAUGCCGAGCCAGACGUCGCCGCCCCUGCCUGAUGGUGAGAAGCCGUCAGCUACACAUAGCCAAGGUGCAAUUUCGACGCAAUGGCCUACCGACUCAUCAGGAUCGCCACUAUUCCCAACCCCGACGUACACAGACUCUGCCAGCAUUGUUCAGUCCGCCUGGCCAACCAACACUGAUGGUUCGCCGGUGCCAUGGCCCACCAGCGAAGAUGGCACGCCUUACCCCUGGCCCACUGACUCGGAUGGCAAACCGUACCCUCCCCGGCCUCGCGAACACAACGGGUUCUUCUUUCCUCCAUGGCCACGAGAAGAGGACGGCUCGUUUUGGUUUCCUUGGCCUUUUUUCCCUCCUGAAACAGACCCCGAUGUUCUCUUCUUCCCAUACCCGCCCGAGAACUUCGACUCGAAGACAUGGACUUGGCCUAUCACUGCCACAAACACCGAGUCCGACGGUUCCUUCCUCGAUGGCAUCGUCAUACCCACGUCUCGUCCAGGAUGGACCUGCAGCCCCAAGUACUGGUGCUACAACCUCUGCUGGAAAUGGGACCUGCUUUGUACUGAGUUCGACGGGCCGCUGAUCCCCGAGCGUUCCGGGUUCCCUCCUGUCAUCAUGCCCUCGCCGCCUGCUGAUAUUGGCUCUGGGACCCAAACCAGUGCUCUUCUUAUGACUUCUACUCUUCUUCCUUCUCCGUCUGGCUCGGACGGCUCUAAUGGCCAGGGGCAAGAGGAUGGUGUUGAAGAUGACCAAGAAGAUAAUGAUGACAACGAUAGAGGAGACGAUGAUGACGAUGACGAUGACGAUGACGACGACGACGAUAAUGAUGGUAAAGGCAAGGGAGGCAAAGGAGGCAAGGGCGGCAAAGGCGGUGGUAGCAAUGGAGGAGGUGGCGGCACCAUCGGGGGCAUCGAUCCCGACAUCGAUGGCGGUAUUCUUGGCGGAACUGAUGGCGGUACUACCAACGAUAACAACAACGACCAAGACAACGACAAAGACCAUGACCGCGAUGAUGACGACGAUGAUGAUGAUGAUGACGACGAGGACGAAGCCACCUGCACCAUCACUUACACCGUCGCCCCUCACUGCUCGCAGUUCUGCACUGUGAAACCCAUUACGCGCUCGGGCACCAUCCAGACCGAGGCUCUCACGACCAGCUGCUUCACUGCCGCCUGCGAGACCAAGAGGCUCUGUUCCAAGCCACCAACGAAGACUGCGACGACCUACGCCACUGCCACGCCCACGUCCACGGAACCGCCACAUCUCUGCGAACCAGGCCGCUGCGGCUUCCCCGGCGGUGCCUGUCUGCCCGGAACCACCGAUGCCGAUUCGGCAGCCGAGAAGCACAUUAUCCAAGCUCGACGUACUGGAGAUGGAGAUGCCAUUCUCACCGAAGACGUCAGUUCUCCCGAGACUUGGCCAGACGGCGCGGCCGACUGGUGGAAGAAGGCAUGGCGCAUCGUCGCCGACUAUGGUGCUGGCGAUGGCAGCGACUUUUACGUUAGCGACCCUGAUUGGAGGUUCGUUCCCGGUGCCUCGGCCAGUAUGUUUGUCGCCUUCGACGAACCGCCUCGCUUGUUCGGCGGCACUCCCAUGCCCGGUAUCGGGGGCGGCUCUGGGCCAGUAUGGGGCUGUACCAUGAUCGUAGUGGCGAGCCGAAAGGGUGUCUACACGAACCAUAUCUGGCAAUCCCCCAAUCUGCACUACAAUGAUGAGCGGGAUCGCGAACAGUAUCCCAUGGGUCACGAAGCUCUUUUCAAGGAGCGCGUCACCGACUUUUUGGCCCGGGGAGCCACGGGCGACGACGCCCAGGUCGACUGGUACCCCGGGCUGUGGGGGCUGAUGGGAGACGGCAAGCCUCUAGAUCCCGAGGCCGCCGGCUUCAUAGGGGCCUGGAUCAUCACCUCGGCAGAUCCAUGGGGCAACGUUUACUCUCCAUGGGAAAUCGAAGAGAUUCAACGACAGAUGGAGACGGAGGGCGGCUCGGUCGAGACUGGGAGGAGUUUGUCGAUGAAACGGGACGACUCCAAUGCCGAUAACUUCCGGACCGAGUGGUAUGACGGCCUCCUCGUGUGGCAAUAUGGCCCAGGAAGCGAGAACCAGUCGCAACGGUUGGUCAUCCGCUUCCGCAACGAGGUCCUCGCGUCCAUGGCGUGGUGUCGUAAUCGACAACCGGGUUCGACACAAAGUUCGGUGACACAGAGUUUGGCGACACAGAGUUUGGCGACACAUAGUCUGGCAGCACGACAGACUGAAGGCGUGCAAGAUUUCGAAGUCACGAUCCCCGGAUUCGAGCCUCGUGAAGAUGGCACGUGUGUUAGGUCAAGGUGCAGCCCAAGUCACUGCAGCAGCUGUUCGGACGUCAAGGCUGAGCCUGCGGAGGACCCAUCAGAAGACAGCGCCACAAAUAAAUUCGCUCGCCGACAGAGCCCUGGUACAGCAGAUGUCAUCCUGGCCAACCGACCGACCGAUCCUGAGACGUGGAAGAACGGCGAGGCCCAGCUGGAGUGGUGGAUGAAGACCUUCCAGCUCACGUUCGAGAAUGGCCCCAAGAUUGACUACACGGCUGGAAUGAAGGAGUUUUCCACAACAACAAUUGAUCAUUUUGGCGAAACGAAUUCGGACGGAGAACUGGUUGAUGAACCCAAGGGCGGCGGCGUCGGUCCUAUUCGCGGCUGCACCUCCGUCGUCGUGGCGUCUCCGAGGGGCAUCUUCACCAGCCACAUGUGGCAAAUCCCCAGCUUCGCCUUUGAAGAAUACGCAAACGAAUACGACAUGCCCCAAAGCUUCUACUUUGAAAAGUACAUUCGCGACGUCUUGCUUCAGGGCUGGGACGGCGGUGACGAUGGUAGUGACGAACAAAUGGGCCUCUGUGACAGUGCCUUGGCCCGCGGUCAGCCUUUCCACUUUGAGUCCCUCCGAUGGAUGCGGGUCUACAUCAUCACCGUCAUGGACGACGACGUUGAGCCGGAGACGGCGGCUGCCUAUCCGGAGAUUGUUGCCGCCAUUGUCGAGAUUCUCAAGAAGGACUGCAUGUUCCCCGAAGACAUCAUCCAGCAGAUCUUCUACGACGUUGGCAACUCUGGUACUCCGAAGUCGGCCCUGGCGCCUGCAAACCAAUUCUGGGAUCUGUCCGACGACCAGAAGCUGCAGAAGUGGGCUGCGGAAGGCACACCGCACUGGAAACCGUGGAUGGGGAUGGUGUCCUGGCAGUACGGCCCUGGUGGAGGCGGCUCAACCAGCUCCGCCACCGUCACGACGUCGACUUCAGCUGCCCAGCCGACAGGCAGCGGCGUACCUCCUGUCAUCCCCAGCCAGGCCAAAGAGCUUGUAAUUCGCUGGGAAGAGUCCAUCAUCUUCCGCCAGUCGUGGUGUGGGGAUGGCAUGGUGCCUGAAGGCCAAACCCCGGAGGACGUGGAAAUGUCGGAUGUCGCAGAUGGUUGCCAUACUCAGCGAAGGCGGCAUACUGUUCCCCUAUGUGGCGGAUGCGACGAGUGUAUGAGUCGCUUCAACCCUGGCCAAGACUCGGACAGCGAUGUCGACAUGGGUGACCCCUCCGACAGUAAUAGCGACGAGGCCAUGCCUGACGCAGGUGGCGGCGCAAAAUUCGCUCUGAGCAAACGUCAGGGUCCCGGGGCCACGCUUCCUGAAAACGCACAAGAGAUCAUUACGAGCAUGGUCUGGUGGCCAGGAUUCUGGCCCGGCGAGGGCGGCGAGAAGGCUUGGUGGCGCAAGAUGUACAUCAUUUGCACGACUUGGGGUGCUCUUCACGGCAUCGAGCGCGACGCCGAGAACACGACGUUGGCACACUACUCGACCAGCUCCCUGGCUCUCUUCCAUUAUGACCAAGACAACACUUUGCUCGAGUAUGCAGUCCCUCGAAUGGGCGGCGUCGUGCCUGUCGCCGGUUGUCUCGCCCUGGUCGUCGCUUCACCUUCAGCCGUCUGGACUGCGCACAUCUGGGAGGUCCCGACUUUAACGCUCGGCCUCUUCAGCGACUCUGCCGACGACAUUGAGCGCUUGUUUCCCAAAGCCCAGGUGGAGUACUACAAGGAAGGUGUUGUCGAUUUCAUCUCCGACGGCGGUCGCGGGUACCAGGGUCUCGAACUCCUGACCGGGCCCGGCAUGCCCUUCAACGUCGACGAGCAAGAGUUUGUCUGGGUGGGCAUCGCGGCGCCGCGUGAUACAGACGGGUCAAAUGACAAAGAUUCGCCCUCUCAAUACCGCCCUUACAUCCGCGAUGCCAUUGAGGGUGUUAAACAGGAGAUGGAGAAGCUCGGCUUCCAGAAUGAGGACAUGAUCAACAUUAUCCCUUAUGACCGCCACACCGUUGUGUACAGCGACAAGAACAAAACCGAGCGCGUUGGAUGGGAAGGUCUCCUCUCAUGGCACUUCUCCCCCGGCGAGCAGAAUACAACGACCAAUGUCCAAACGUAUGGCACUGGUAGGGAGCUCAUCGUCCGCUUCGAGGAAAGGGUCCUCAUUCAUCGCUCAUGGUGUGGAGACGGCAUCAAGCGAAAGGACAGCCCCCGCGUGGAGGUCAUCCCAGGGCCGAUUUGUCCUCUGCCCGAGAGGCUAUGCGGCGGCACCUGCGAGGCAUGCGUCGAAGCGGCAGACACGUCAGAAGACCAGCCAUUCCGAGCCUGGACGCACGACUCGAUGUUUGGGUUCGAACUCGAUGACCCCAGCAAGUACCGUCCCGGUUGGCGUCAGCAGGAGGAUCUUUGGUGGGGGCUCAUGCGCGAGCACAUUGAGGCCACUGGUCCCGAGUACGGCAGGACGAACUCGAGCAAUUUUGAGCUCUGGUCGACGAGCAAAUUCUAUGACUUUGCCAUCAAUUCGGAAGGACAAGGCAACGUACUGCCGAUGGGCGGCGGCGCACCUCCGGUUUGGGGAUGUACCAUUGUGUUGGUGGCUUCGCCUGCUGGCGUUUGGUUCGGACACUUUUGGGAGGCUCUGGCCUUUUCGAUCCCAAUCGGGCCCGAAGGCGAUGCCAUCAAGGGAGCUCAGCCCGAUCGCACCAGGGAUGAAUAUUUCAAGGAAAUGGUUACAGAUUUUUUGAAAGACGGGAAUGACAAGGGCGGUAUUCAGAACCCAGGUCUCGCCGAGUUUACUUCGGAGAACGGCCACUUCAACGCGGACAACAAGGAGUUUGUGUACGUCGCCAUUGUCAGCCCGCAAGCAGCCAACGCCACCAAGACUGCCAAGUAUCCGACCGAAGUCGACAGCAUCCGCACGACUCUCCGCGAUGAGCUCGGCUUGAGGGAAGAGGACAUUCACGUCCACCUCUACGAGCAACAGGUUUCGCUCUCGAGCUCCUUGUACGGAGGCUCCCUUCGUUCAUGGCAUGGCCUCGUCUCGUUCCAGUACACGCCCUACGCCUACGUCCGUGAAGAUGACACGACUCAUUACGAGAAGCGGCUUCGCAUCAAUCUCGAACGCGUUUCUCUCUUUGAGCAGGGCUGGUGCGGCACCGGCAUCAAAGAUGUUUCUCAGCGCCACAAGGCAGGAGACGACAUGGGCGACAUACCCGCCGGCUGCUACUACGACCGACCUGCCGAUGGCGCACGGCCCAGCGAUGAGGGUGACCGAUGCCUCCAAGAUGACGAUUGCGCCCGCACGCGCUGCGCCAAGCAAUUCGGCGCGAAAUGUACGCGUCGGAGCUCCGACGCGGGCUCGGGAUCGUGUGAAUGCGACCUGGAUGCCGUCAACAACUGCGAAAAGCAAUCCGACUGCGAGGACGUCAAGUGUGACUACGCCUGGCAGGAACCUGUGUGCGUGUUCAAAGACACCAAGUCGUCCCUCGAGAAGAAUGCGGGCCCUGGCUGCCGGUGCCUCGGGCAUACGUGCAACAAGCACACCGACUGCGACUACGCCGAGUGCGGGGAGCGACGCACGCUCAGCUGUACCGACGGACGCUGCCACUGCAAGCACUGCGCCGAGAUUGAUUUCCAGGAAUCGGACUACUGGAACAUGCGCUGCCUCGAUGUCGAGGGGCACAUUAUGGAGACUGAUCCCUGGGACACGGUGACGUGCCAGAGCACGGUCAACAUCAUGCUGCAGUGCUUCGGCCGGCAGCGCGGCAAGGAGGGCCCGCCAGACGCCAUCGCCGAGUGCGACUACAUCUGCUGUCCCAAGGGCAAGGUGCCGCGGUGCCUCAAGCCUGUCUGGAAUCCGAAGGACUGGACGGUUCGGGAGUGCAUGUGCACGGAGUGGGACUCGGAGCACGCGGGGCGGAUUCCUGUUGAUCCGCCCGAGGAGGCGACAUGGAAAUGA